CAGUCAUGGAAACUUGGGUUCAGUUUCCUCAAUGAUUUACGAGGCACAUUGAUCCACCAGGACUGUACCUUUGUCUACAAUAAUGUAACACCGGUCUCGGAUUAAGAACGUUUCUGCAAUGUCCGGAGGGGAGGACGGCGGGGCCCAGCUGCAGUGUUGUGUGACGACAGAGCACCUGAACGCCUCAGGACAAGCCGCCCGUCGGCAGGUCAUCCGCAAAGCCUCUGUUCUCCUGGGACGCAAUGAGUUCCAGGAGCUCAUCCUUCGCAUCCACGACGGGAAAAUGCCACAAAAUUAUCUUCUGAAGAACUUCAAACUCUUCACCAAGUUCGCCCGAGAAGGGAAGUGCACUGUCAAACUGCUCCCUGAAAACAUUCAGGUGCUCAUCUCCAACUGCCCCCCUGACCAGCUCAGCCUCUUCCUCAGGACCCUGAGCAUCAAACACCAGGCCGGGCUCUCCCGCAAAACUCCGAGCGGGCGAGAGAAGCUCAAAGCAGGCCUGCCCCGCUGCUUUGAGCCCAUUAGCCCGCUUCAGCAAAAAGACAUCCAAAAGAUCAAUGAGCUUCGAAGUAAUGUGCCCCCCAAAGGCCUUUCGGACCGCACUAAUAAGACCACUAAUGCGGGACAACAGGUCAAAAGGCCAAGGAGUGACUGUAACUUUAGUCCUGUGAAAGCCAACCCCAGCAAGAAACCCGUCUUCUCUCUGCCAACUCGUAAGCUCAACAAAGGACAAACUGCCGUCCUCAGUGCUGUACUAAGUGGAAAGAACGUCUUCUUCACAGGAAGUGCAGGUACCGGGAAGUCCUUCCUACUGAAGAGAAUAAUUGGGUCACUUCCUCCAAAGAGCACCUUUGCCACCGCCAGCACUGGCGUGGCGGCAUGUCACAUUGGAGGAACAACACUGCACAACUUUGCAGGCAUUGGCUCUGGCUCAGCCCCGCUGGAGCAGUGUAUCGAGCUGGCCCAGAGGCCCGGGGUGCUCCAGCACUGGACCAGCUGCCAACACCUGGUCAUCGACGAGAUCUCCAUGGUGGACGCCACUUUCUUUGACAAGCUAGAGUCUGUGGCCAGGUCAUUGAGGAGGUCCACUGAACCUUUUGGGGGUAUCCAGCUGAUUAUUUGUGGCGAUUUCCUGCAGCUGCCCCCUGUCUCCAAGGGAAAGGAAAAAGCCAAGUUUUGUUUCCAGGCCAGAUGUUGGCAUAAAGUCAUCCAGGUCAACUUGGAGCUAACAGAGGUGCUACGACAAACGGAUCAGACCUUCAUCUCCCUCCUGCAGUCAGUAAGGGUGGGAAGGGCGACCGAGGAGGUCACAAAUAAAUUGAUUGAAAGCGCCUACCGUCAGAUCAACAGGGACGGUAUCGUAGCAACCAGGCUGUGCACACACAAGGAUGAUGUGGAGCUCACCAAUGACAACAAGCUACAGCAGCUGCCAGGGACAACGCGAGCGUUUGAGGCCGUAGACAGCGAUCCGGCCUUGGUGAAAACUAUUGACGCCCACAGCCCUGUCAGCAGACUGCUUCAUCUGAAAGUUGGAGCCCAGGUCAUGCUGACAAAGAACCUGGAUGUCACUCGAGGCCUGGUGAACGGAGCCCGAGGGGUUGUGGUGGCGUUCGAACCUGGCAAACACGGACUCCCACGCGUGCGCUUCCUGUGUGGCGUCACUGAAGUGUUGAAGCUUGAACGCUGGGUGUUUAAGUCCGGGGGCGGGACCCACCUGAGUCGACAGCAGCUGCCACUCAAAUUGGCCUGGGCCAUUUCCAUCCACAAGAGCCAGGGAAUGACGUUGGACUGCGUGGAAAUCUCUCUAGCGCGGGUGUUUGAGAGCGGCCAGGCUUACGUGGCCCUGUCUCGGGCUCGGAGUUUGGAGGGUCUGAGGGUUAUGGACUUUGACCCGCGUGUGGUCCGAGCAGACCCAGAUGUUCUUGUCUUCUACAAGAAGCUGAGGAAGGAGAGGCUGCUGAUGCAGAGUGCCGUAGAGGACUACACUCUCCUAAGCAACAAAGACAACACCUGGUGAGAAUAAUUCUGCGCCAGCUGCACGUUUCUGCAUCAUCACUUGCCACUUUUCAGCCACCUGAGAAACUUGUUGUCACACUGCCAUCAUGUGUUCAGUUAUGUCAUGUUUUUAAACCCGUGACAUUUUACCCACCCUAUUUAUUAUGAUUCUUGUACCAAAUAAAGUUUUUAUUUUCCAGUAA